AUGUCGCUCACAAAGCCAAGCAUGGAUUUGGCUCUUGUUGAUGGCAAAUAUGACAUUAUAUCUAUUCGGAAUCAUUUCAUGAAUGGUGGCGUUCUAUCAAUUCAAUCUGCAGUAACCCUUAUUCAACGAGUCAGACAACUCUUACAAAACGAACCGAAUCUUAUUUCUGUGAAUGGUGACGUUCUUAUCUUUGGAGAUUUUCAUGGUCAAUUUUUUGACUUCCUCACGGAAAUUGAAGAUUUUGAGUGGAAUAGAACGCCACAUAAGACCAUUUUUCUUGGGGAUUAUGUCGAUCGAGGGAUUUACUCGUGUGAGCUCCUCUUCAUGUUAAUGAGUAUGAAGUAUAACUCGCCAACAGAAGUUUUGAUGUUACGAGGGAACCACGAGACGCGUAAAAUGACAGUGAAAUGGGGGUUUCAUAACGAGUGUAUUUGGAAGUACAAUAAUGAGAUUUAUAACGAAAUAAUGACAGUGUUUGAUGCGUUGCCAUUGGCAGUCAUAGUCUCGUCCACGUAUGGGGAUUUUUUUCUGAGUCAUGGGGGGCUAUCGAAGAGUAUGACCCGAGUUGAGGAGAUCAGUCGAAUCAAUCGAUUCAAAGAACCCCCAAAAGAAGGACUUUUCUGUGAUUUGUUGUGGAGUGAUCCGGUCUCAGUGGAAUACUUUGAGAUGCAUCCCGAGAUGGUUGAACACUGGGAAGAGAUAACUUAUGUAGAGAACAUUGUAAGGAAUUGUUCUUAUAUGUAUGGACAUAAAGCAGUCACUUCAUUUCAGUUAAAUAAUAAGAUAACAAGUGUUAUAAGAGGACAUCAAUAUACAGAAAAAGGUAUUCAAAUGCACUUCUUUGGGGAAGAACAAGUAGGAACCCCACUGGUAUUUACUCUGUUCUCUGCGCCAAAUUACUCGAAAGGGAAUUUGGGGGCGGGAAUGAUCAUUAAGAGAAAUGGAAUACAGGUGAGGACGUACACGUCUUCUAAAUUAAAAGAAGUGUAUCGCCCAACUCUAGUUAAUGCCUUUAGAGUAACAACACAAUGCAUUACUAUGGCACUCAAUAACUUCAUCACCGAUUUCAUUUAUUACACAUUUCAAGGCCACUUCGACUUACAAGACGAUGACAAAUUGAAUGUGACGAGUCUUGUGAACUCAGUGAAUGGAAGGGGCAAAUCCGUGCUAUCAAAAAGAGGUAAAAACAUCGGUGGAAGUACUCCAAUGAAACGAAAAAGACUGUUUGCAAGUAGUUCCUCAGCAACAGAACAUAAAAACACUAAAAAACGGGGGACUUUAGUGUCUUCUAUAGCAACAGAAGUCCCUUCAAAAUAUGAGCCGACUAAAAUCAGAGAAGAGACGUUGCCCAUGUCACUCACUGAGUUGAGAAAGACGUGGACAGAGACUGAGACAGCACAACAGUAG